UCCGCCCCGUUCUAGCCUCCUGACCACUAGCGACACCUCUCCUUCUACGUCCAGCGAACCGCAGCGAAACACGGACAUUUACCUCCAGGCUUUGCUCAGAACCUGGACAUCACGCGGAAGCCGCAGGAACCGUUAAAGCACGAUAAAGGAUCUCCUCGAAAACGCACUGCAGGACCCCUAAACCCCUAAACGCCCCCCUACCCUCCACCCGAGCUAAAGAUGGCCAGGACCCGCCUCAGUUUGGACCUGCUUGUUUGCUGCUGCUUCUUUCUGACAGUGGGAUCCCAGCGAGCACCCGUCUCACCACCACGCGAUGUUUCCCUGGUUUGGAUCAACGAGUUCUGGGCCCAACUGUCCUGGGCCCCACCACCGCAUUCAAUGGCAAACUGUCAUUAUGAAGUGAUUGGAGAAAUACAUUUAGGAGAAAAACUUUUCCAUAGUAAAAAUGUCAAUACUCAAUACUUUAAAAGGAAAAUUGUCAUGGAGGGAGGCUUUCUGCAAUUGCGUGUUCAAACCACCUGCAGCGGCAUCCACAGUGAACCAGUUGUAAUGAUCCUCAAAUACCCAGACCUGGUGAGGAAUGUGCACUGCUACAGCUUUGCCGCCACAAAAGGUCACUGCUCCUGGUCCCCAGCCAGCCAAGCUCCAGAUCUUCGGUUCUUCUACUGGUUAGUUGAUGAUUAUAGUGAGCCACCUGCCGAUGAGACUUCGGUCAACAUACAGGAGUGCCUAUCGUACAAUUACACUGGCGCUGUCAGGACUGGUUGUAACCUGGAGGCGAGAACGGACCAAAUCAUCUACAUCUUUUUUAAUGCAACGCUGAUGGACACCGUUCCCAGGAACACCUUUAAAAAAGAAACCUUUGAAGACGUGCGACCUCCUCCCCUUGAGUGGACAGUCAAUAAAACUGGGGAUAAGUUCGCCAUUAGUUGGACCAAACCUGAUAUUCCAAUAGAUUGGAGUAUUAUUAUGAGGUACACUGAGUGUGAUGAAACAAAGAAUAAAACCUUUCAGGGGGAUAAGCCAGGCGAGUUGGACCUGGUCCCUCACUGUCCUUACUGUAUGGCCCUUAUUGCACACUUCGUAAAUGGAGCGACACCAUGGACCAAGGAGAAGUGUUUCGAUGCAGACAUAGAUCCUAAAGCGUGGAUGUUGGCUGCCAUUAUCAUCCCACUGAUGCUUGUGGGCCUGUUGGCGCUGAUGUUCGGGUGUUACAGGAAGAAUAAGGAGUAUAUUUUCCCCAAAGUACCACAACCCCGGGACCUCCUCAGCGAUAUUUCUGACAACAACAACAAGAGCACUGUUCCCGACCUGUACAUCCCGAUGGAUGAAGAAGCAAACUGUAAGAUCACUCUGGUGGAAGACCCCCUCAUCAACACAUAAUCUCAUAAUCCUGCUUCCCAAUACUGGGUCAAGAACAAAUGUGGAGACUUGACCAUUCAACUGAUGAAGCGGGGCGAUUAUAGGUUUGAAGGCGUCGACCUGCACGUCUUCAGAAGAAUGGUUGUGUCCUGAUUGUUGGAUAUCUGCUGGGACAAUAACGGAGACCUUGGUUUUAACUCCACUUGGACACAGAGCCAACCUUGAGGACCUCCCCAAUAGAGUUUACAGACACUUUUUAAAAACGUGUAAAAGACUAGAGGCAUUAUUUAUCUUUUAGUUAUCUUUUUUUAACCCUUUAUGUGACGUAUAUUACCAAAGGACAGAAUUUGCUCAAAUAGAGCUUCUAUUUAAGGGCACUGGUUUGGCGUAAUCUGAAACUUUAACUCUUCCAAUGAUUGUUGGUCUGCUCUUAGAGAAGCUCAGAGACUGUUUUGGUGUGUAAAUAAUGCAAAAAAUAGUAAUAAAAAAGUUUGAAUAUUU